AUGGAGUCAAAUGCCUUUAAUGGAAGGAUGGCUAGGUGGCAAAUUUUGCUUUUUGAAUUUGACAUAAUCUACGUAAGUCAAAAAGCCGUGAAAGGGAGCACAAUAGCAGAUUUUCUGGCUAGUCAAGCUUUAGAAGAUUAUGAGCCCUUGAAUUUUGAUUUCCCCAAUAAGGAGAUAGUGUAUGUGGCACCUAUUGAAGAGGGCAUUACAAAAGAUCACUAUUGGAAAUUGAAUUUUGAUGGAGCCUCAAAUGCUGUGGGUAAUGGAAUUGGAGCGGUCUUGGUAUCCCUAGGAGGAGAUCAUUCUUCAUUCACAUGUAAAUUGGAUUUUGAUUGCACAAAUAAUAUGGCAAAGUAUGAAACAUGUAUCAUGGGGCUUCAAACAACUAUAGAACGAAAGAUCAAGUUAUUGGAGACAAGAGAUUCCAAAUUAAUCAAUUACAGGAGGUUGGUGUUGGGGUUAGUUGAAGAGUUUGAUGAUAUUACCUUCAAUUAUCUCCCGCGUGAUGAAAAUCAAAUGGUAGAUACUUUGUCUACUUUGGAUUCCAUGAUCAAAGUGAGCAGACAAGAAGAUGUAAAACCCAUUCAGAUGAGUGUUUGUGAGGCCCCGUCUUAUUGUUAUAAUAUAGAGGAAGAGGAGAGAGAUGAUCAUCCUUGGUAUCAGGAUAUAUUGCGAUAUGUAAGAAAUCGUGAAUAUCCAGAUCAAGCAACAGAGAAUGACAAAAGGACAUUGAGAAGGCUAGCCUAUGAUUAUGUCUUAAAUGACAAAAGGACGUUGAGAAGGCUAGCCUAUGAUUAUGUCUUAAAUGGGCCAAUUUCACGAAAGGCUUCAAAUGGGUAUCGUUUCAUCUUUGUGGUCAUUGCUUAUUUUACAAAGUGGGUGGAAGCUGCCUUGUAUGCCAAUGUAACUAAAUUGGCAGUCAGCAGAUUUUUAAAAAGGGGAAUUAUAUGUCGGUAUAGAAUGCUUGAGAGGAUCAUAUCUGAUAAUGCAUUAAAUUUGAACAAUGACACAAUAGCAGAGGAGGAGCCAGCUGGAGGUGGUGGCGCACGUGGGGUGUACGGAGGGGAUGAAGAAAACUGUGCGUGGGAGCUGCGGCAUGGGGAAGCCUAG